AUGGGUUUCACCCGAGGCACAGCAGGCGCCAACAACCCCAACGACAUCGUCAGAAACACCAUACAAGCGCUGCGCAAGGACUUUCUCUCUUUGCUUCGAGGAGAGUCGAACACGUUCACUUCCUUUCUGAGCGCUUGCGCCAACUUCGAUGCAUUUGCCCAAUCCUGCCAUGAGUCUCUAGACGACGAAACACUGGAUCUCUUAUACGACUUCUCGACACCCCUUGCCGCCCUAUCCUCUACCAUGGCCGAACUGAGCUCCAGGAAAAAUCAGAUCUCUGAUGAAUUUGCCACGGAGAUUAAUGGAGUGCUCUCUGACAAGACGUCCUUACUGGUCCUUUCCAGCGAGAACACAGAUGCGUCCCGCACCCCCUCGUAUAUCGAGCCAUGUGCUCGAUGGCUAAAAAACAAUUGUCAUAAUCCUUAUCCCAGCUCGCAGAUGCGAGCGGAGAUUGCUGUUGAAACAGGUGCCUCAACCAAGGAUAUCGACGCAUGGUUUAUCGACGCCCGCAAACGCAUUGGCUGGAACGAUCUGCGUCGCAAGCAUUUUGGCAACAAGCGAGUAAAGAUACUUCAAGCUGCAUCUGUGUUUUUCAACAUGGAGCUGGUUCCAUCGGAAUCAGACGUCUUGGACCCCCAUAUCGAAGGCGAAUUCGCGGCCAUUCUUGGACGUGCGACCGCGCUAUACGACCAAAAGUUCGCUCAGAGUAAACUGGCUGAUAAGUUGGACGUGGCUGUCAGGGACAUGACACCAACCUUAAAGGAGCAGCUGAAGAACGAGAAGGCCAGGAAAAGAGAAAAAGAAAGGGGCUCUCGCACCAAUAGCGAACGUGCUCGUCACGCGUAUCCCUCUCCCGAACGUUCGCCUGCCUCCGUUGCCGAGGUAUUAGCCUCGCCGCCUGCGACCGUCGUUGAGUUUACUCUCCGUGGGAACUCGCCAACCUUGGGUAGCAAGCGUCGUCGUUCGUUGCAAAGUGACGACGAAAUCUCCUCUACCCCGCUUUGCAAGCGACCUCGGUCUCAAUCCAUUCGUCGCGAACUCAGUCCUGAAAAGGGACUGCCUUCACCAGCCGCUUCCACUCAAGAAGAGCUCUCGGAGUUUUCCGCGGCUCCAUCGCCCCAACCAUCGUCGCUUCCCCAGUUCACCGCAACGGACACGUCGAGAUCCACAGGCAAACGGAAACGACGCCUAUCCGAUGGCUUCCAGCAUCCUGCAGCAAAGCGCCCGCAAAUACGUCCACAGACUGUUUCGGACCCUUUCCCCACCGCCAGCGGCGAAGACUGGGACCAAUGGUUCCGUGAACAUGUUCUCUCUUCUCCUGAACUGACACUCACUGGAGAUAUCCCCCCACCCGUUACGGUCGACGCUCCGGAUUCCAACGCCCCUCUCGAUAUUCAACUGUUCAAUUUCCCUCUCAUCCCUGAUCUCCCUCCCUCGGCUCCUGCCGCGCCCACACCAGCAGCUGAGCUCAAUGUUAUCGAGCCACUUGAAGUACCGGCUGCCACACAGGUCAACGUUGACCCUGAGGCUACCACACUCGAUCAAACCUUCUCGUGGAUGGCCAAUGAUUUUCCUCCACCGCUUCAACCGACCAAUACGUUCCCAAGCUCAACCAGCAUUUAUGUCCAUGCAACUCCGUUGCCCGCAUUGGACGUGAUAUCGCAAUCUUUCCCGGACACUCAGAGCUCUGCUUUCCUCCAUGACCCAUCGCUAUGGUCCAACAUCUCCGAUCCUGAUCUCGACUUCUCUGGCUUGUUUGGCCAGUGCUCGACGGGUACUGCCGUGGCCGCGUCGAUUCAAGUUCCUUCGCAUCCGAUGUUGUCGACAUCCAAAGCGUUGUCUGAACAGGAACGUGAAGCCAAGCGCAGGGAGCUCGAGGAACUUGAAGCGAGAGCCCAAGCCAUUCGCGCCGAAAUCUCCGCCCCUUGA